AAAAAGUUUAAUUCAUGUGGGAUCAGGAGACAACAAAGACAUCUUGGUGCGUGUGUGUGUUUGUUUCGCUGGCAGUGUUUGUUUCCCUGACGUCCAUUGCAGGAUGUGGGCGACACUCGGCCCGCACCAAAUAUAGCACACUGGUUAUUAUAUGUAGCUCACUAACGCAUUAUGUGGCCAGAAUUUCUCUAUUUUCAUUACCAUUGUAGUAGUAGUAGUAGUAGUAGAAGUGAUAUUUAUUUGUUUAUUUAUUUAUUUAUUUAUUUAUUUAUCUAUUUAUUUAUUAUUUAUCAUAUAUUGUUUAGCUUCGAUUUUCCAUUGUUUCUUUGUUAAGCGUCUGUUCUCUGGUUUCGAUCGUCUAUUAUUUGUUUCUUAAGUCUCUGUUAUUCGGUUUCGAUCAUCUGUUGUUUGUCUCUUAAGCGUCUGUCCUUUGGUUUCCGUUAUCUUUUGUUUUCUUUUAAUAGUUUACCAUCUCUCGUUUCGUUCUUCUCUACAACCUAUAUUUUCCCUAACACGUAUCAUUCAAACACACCAGUCUAACUCAUCACAAACAACAACUAAAUGACUAGCAAGCACAUUAAUCCUCUGUUCUCUUUAAGUUCACUAUUUAAACCAAUUCAUUCGUAAAUUCUUCUUGGUAUUCGCAUUUUUUAACUAAUUGUUUCCUUCUUGUUUAUCCUCCUUCCCCUACGGACGGAGUGGCUUCGCCCGCCCCCUUCCCGCUGCUAUAAAAGGAUGCGAGCUUCUGGUGCAGUGGUCAGUUGGGCGUUGGAAGUCGCAGAGAGAGGAAGGGGUGUCUGGUCUCCCUCGUGGCAGUUCUAAGAGUGACUUAAAAGAGUGACUAUUUUGAAAUCCACAGAGUCUUGUUCAUAAGAAAAAGGUGAUAAUCGAUAAUUGGACACUCGAGAACUCAUAAUCAACAAAGGACAAAAAAAAAAUAUGGGUGGUGGCGGUGGUGGCUUGGUGGUGAUGGUGGUGGUGGUGGUGCAUAGUGGUGAUGGGACAAACGGAGGCGAAACCAGCAUCACCACAGUCACCACGCCAAUGGUUUCCACACCUGUCAGACAACACAGCACUGACGGAGGCAAGAAUGCAGCAGCAGCAGCAGCAGGAGGAGGAGCAGGAGCAGGAGGAGAAAAACGGACAAGUAGGGAACCAGAUCAGUCCUCGUGACCUUGCUGAGACUGCCCUGGGUACUCGUGGGUCCUGGUCUUCCUUCUCCUCCUGGAAUGAAGAACCGACAACGCCUCCCCCUCACUCCUUACUACCCCUGGAGGAGGAGGAGGAGGAGGAGGAGGAGAGGAGGGUUGCAAAGAGGGGAAUUUUCUCCCUAGCCUUUGCACUGGCCCAGAGAUCCACCGCCUCCCCCGCCAGGCAGCAGAGGCGGCGCCAGGUGAACCGCGCAGCCUACCCAAGACGAGCUCUGUACUUCAUCGCCACAAAGGGUUAACACACACGUCCCUCCACCUCCCCCCAUCCCUCCAAUACUUGCCUCCACCCCUCUGAUGCUUCUCUCCACCCCUCCAAGGCCUCUCCACCCUUCCAGUUCUUCUCUCCACUUCUCCAAUCCCCCUAAACCUCAUCCAAAAUUUCUCUCCACCCCUCCAAUACUUCCCUCCACGCCUCCACUUCAUCCGCUGCCCCUCUCCGCUCUUUUAAUGCUUCUAUUGCUCCAUCUCUCCAGUAUCUCUCUCCAUCUCUCCCUCCAUCUCUCCUUCUCUCCAGUACACCCCUUCACCCGUCCAGUACUUCCCUUCAUCUCUUCCCCUCUCCAUCUUUCCUUCAAUACCUCACUUCAUCUCUCCAAUCCUUCCCUCCAUCUCUCCUUCUCUCCAUUACAUCCCCACGUCUCUACUUCACUUAUCUCCACGUUUUUCUCUCCACUCUUCCGUUCUUUCCUCCAAACUGUUUCCCCUCCUAAGCCUUUUCCUCCAAAUCACUUCCAUUUUCUCCGUUUUUUUCCUCCAUUACCUCUCUCUCUCUCUCUCUCUCUCUCUCUCUCUCUCUCUCUCUCUCUCUCUCUCUCUCUCUCUCUCUCUCU